AAGCAACCGCAGCCCAAAGUAGACCACCCUUCGGAUCCGGGAGAGAAAGCUAGAGAGCCGAAGGUCCCCGAGCCGGCUGAAUGGGUAUCCGGCUGCGGUUCCACUUGCUCCCGAAGUCUUUGAGGGUGGAAUACGAGCGACGGUUACUAGGCAGGGCCAUGUUUUGUGGGUUGUCCCUGGCAACCCCGGCUCGAGUCCGUUUGGGGACCACGCGGAUUAAUCGUAUAUCCUGCUAGAGCCAAUGGACAACACAAUGGACGAGCCGGUCAUCAAUCAGUCAGGUGAGAGUGCAGCGGAGGAGAAGGAGGAGGAGGAGCCCCUGAGGGGCUUCCUGGAGGAGAUCAACUGCCCGGAACCAGGCAUCAUAGAUCGCCAAAUGAUAGAAACCGCCUUUUUGGAGGAGGGUCAAAAGGGAGAGGCAAGGCGUCUCCACCAACUAGAACCAGUCGUCUAUGAUCGCAUCACCACCAUGCGCUUAGAAUUCAAGAACAUCCUGCGGAUUGAUCACCUUUGGAUGAUGCCCAAUCUUACUAAGCUCUGCUUGAACUGCAACAAAAUCGAAGUCAUCGAGCAUCUGGAAAUGCUAACUGCCCUCAAAGAUCUAAAUCUCAGCUUUAACUACAUCACACGGAUUGAGAACCUGGAAACACUGGUCAACUUGGAAAAACUUUCCCUAUUUAGCAAUCGUAUCCGGAGAAUCGAGAACAUACAAACAUUGGAGAAUCUCGUUAUUCUCAGCAUUGGCAACAAUCUCAUCGACACGGUAGAUGGGAUUGAACGGUUACGUUUUGUGAGCAGCCUUAAAGUGCUCAACCUAGAGGGUAAUCCCAUUGCUAAGCUGCCGGAUUUCCCACUUUCCCUCUAUGUAACUGCCAUCCUGCCCCAGUUGAACUACUACGAAUACGUUUUUAUCAAGGCAGAAGUGAGGGAGGAGGCCCAAAAGCGUUUCUAUCGCGAGUUGCGCGAAAUCGAGGACAAACAGGAGCGCGAAAUCCAAGGCUUGGAAACGGAGGCACGGGAAAUGGCCGAAGCUGACAGGCUGGCCUCGAGUUUUGUGGAGCAUCUGGAUGGUCAGCAGCUGUACGAGUCCUUGUGGCGAGACGACGAGGACGGUCGCAUCCUGAUGUUGGUGGGGGCACAAGCACAGGAGCUCUAUGAGGAGUAUUCCAAGGAUGUGCACGAGCUCACCCAGCAGAUCUACCGCCUGGGCUUGGAGCGCUACGGUGAGCGGGAUGAAGAGAUUCGCGACUUCAAGGCCAGCCUGCAUGAAGGACAGGAGGAGCUGCAAGCCCAGGGACAACGACAAAUCGAGAAGUUCCUCCAAUACAAGGAACAAACUUUCGACCAGAUGCGGCUGAAAUGGAGAGAACUGGACCAACGCGACGAAGACUUGGAGGAUUUACAAGCCCAGUUGGAUACCCUGAAUGCCAAUUUUGAGGAUGCCCUGAACGAGAUGUGGGAAAGUCUUAUGGCUCAGGAGCUUCAUCUCCACGAGGCUGUUGAGGAUUCCACGCUGAAUUUCAAUCGCACGAUUUCGGAGCUAAUGGCCAGCUUCGUGGAGCAGGCUCAAGUGAUCUUCCAGCAGCUGCGAGAUCUUUGCAGUCACUUUGCCGACAACAUGACGGAGAUUGUGACCCACUUCCUCUCCAGCAAGCUUAGUCGCAAUGAGCAAAGCGCCAUUCCCAAAGAGCUGAGAAAGUGUGUGGAUGAUCGCGAGGCAGUCCUUCAGCUAGUGGAAAGCAUGAGGGCAUCCCAUACUUCGCGGGUGGAUGAGCGCGAGGAUCGCAUGGCUCAACGCAGCAGGGAGUUUAUAGAUGACAUGAUGUUGAAGCUUGAAAACAAAGAAGUAGACCGACAUCGUGCCAAGAUUCUAGAGAUCAACUCAUUUAUGGAAAUGAUGACAGAGGCUUUGGCCAACCUGCCGGAGGAAUUGCACCGGGAAGCCCCUUCGGAUUAA